AUGCAGUUGAGUCAAAGAUAUGAAAGCAAUACUUUCAAGUCUCACCCAAGUAAUAUCGAAGUAGCUGAAAUCAGCAAAGCAGUAAAUCUUCCCCCUCCAGUUCAAACCGGGCCUACCAUAAGAGGAAAGCAAAAUGGUAAAUCAAAACUUUCAAGAAACACAAAAUCUGGGACUCACACACCUAAUGCCGAUUCCCCUAAUUCAACUGUGGUUAACAACUGUCGUUAUGACAGUUCCUUAGGACUGUUAACAAAGAAAUUUGUGAGCUUGAUCCAAGAUGCUAAGGAUGGCACCCUGGAUCUUAAUAAAACCGCUGAGAUCUUGGAGGUUCAGAAAAGGAGAAUUUAUGACAUUACAAAUGUUCUUGAAGGAGUAGGAUUGAUAGAGAAAACAUCAAAGAAUCAUAUACAGUGGAAGGGAUGUGGUGGACUUGGGCCACGAGAACUGGAAGACCAAGUUAAUUGUCUAAAGGAUGAAGUUGAAAGUCUAUAUGCCAGGGAAUGCGAACUUGAUGAUUGUAUAAGGAAAAAGCAGGAGCUUCUUAGAAACCUGGAGGAAAGCGAAAGCUCUCGAAAGUACCUUUUUUUGACCAAGGAAGAGAUUCUUUGUCUUCCAUGCUUCCAGAAUCAAGAAAUUAUUGCAAUCAAGGCUCCAAAAGCUAGUUUCAUCGAGGUCCCUGAUCCUGAUGAGGUGGACGGCUCCAAGUUUGAGGAUGAUAGUGUCAAACGGGUGAAGUUAAUGGAUCCAUCAUGGAAUAGUGAGCACUGCAGAAAGAGGGGUGUAGGACUAUUAGAAAGCCAUGAUAAAAAAAAUCCUUCUGAGAGUUUCAAUCUGCAGGGGUCACAAGCAUCUGGAAUUCAGGAGAUAACUCCCACGGAUUUUGAAGCCUUAAUUUCUUUAGAUAAAGAAAACCUGAAACAGGCUUUUAAAUACACAUUUAUCUCAGUUGCUGGACAAAAUGAAUGA